UGCUUUCUGCCUAAUGUUCUCGGCUUUAGUGUACCUGCUCAUCCAUUUUAUUUUAAAAGUCGAUAAAAAAGUUUUUCGUUUAUUAUGCAGAGUGAUCUUCUGGAUAAUGACUUGGCAAGGGCAGUAAAUGGAGUAAUUAUAUCCGACAGCUUGCCUUUAAGAUCAAUGUGAAAUCUUACCCGGAAGUGAGGCGUCAUUCUAAUUACUAGCCAGACUUGUAUUUAUUUACCCUGUGUUAACGGGGUUAUAAGUUAGUCAGACUCGGCCAGUGGCUCUUUUCAGGUGGUUUCCAAGGUGGUAUGCAUACUGACUUUUCACUUCUACCCAAACCCAGUUAAUACGUACGAUAGCCGGCUCAUUGCACUUUGCAUUUUAACCACAUGAUGUGAUCGGUUUAACGAUCUCAGUCUCCUCGCCCUAGCAAACUGUAGUUAAACAUAAAUUGUACCUCUCAAAUGUUUCUGAUUUUGAUUCAGUUUAGCUCUGUCCCCAAUCCCGGCUAAAACCCGAGAUUUGGGAAUUAGUGGUGAGUUAAAAUCUUAAUGACAAGUUGUGGGAUAAUUUACUUGGCUACCUCCACUUACUGCCCAUGGAAGGUGCAGUGGUCUGCCUUGUCGACUCAAGAGUACUGGGGUGCCCUAUGUGCGGAGUCAGCAUGUCCUCAGUUUUUCUCCCUGGCCGCCGCUGAAAUUUGGCUUGUUCGAAGUCGGACUUUCCUGAUUACAAAGUUGACUAUUGCACUGAAGGCAGACAACGGAAAAUUCUGGACCGAAUGUUCAUGCGUUGACAGGCACUGCAUUGAAGCCACAAAAUCCAGACUUGACUCCACUUGCCAGUUUUUCAUAGUUCCAGCUUCAAGCGGAAAGGUUUAUAUCGAGAACUUUAGAAGGUUCUACCUUAGACGUGUGCACAGCUCUGGCAUUGAAUACAUAGUACCAGAUGGCCGUGUACCAGCCAUUGAUUGUGAGUUCCAAAUGCAUAACCAGGAUGGGAAAGUAUUUUUUAUGGCUGACAAUGGCAAAUAUUUAGGUCGCAUCCAUCGAUCUGGCAAAGACAACAUUGAAGCUUGCAAUGAACAAGUUGAUGUGACCUGCCUGUUUGAAAUGGAUGGAUAUCAGAUUACCAUGAUUACACAGGGAGUGUUUGCACUGAAGGCAGACAAUGGACAUUUCUGGAGUGUUGGUAAUUCCUCUGACAGAGACAUUAUUCAAGCAGCAAAACCCAGUCUUGACUCUACCUGCCGGUUUUUGAUGUUUCUAGCUUCAGAUAGAACGAUUUAUAUUAAGACUCCCCAGAACAAGUACCUUAGCCGUGUCCAGCGCUGUGGCAUUGACUACAUAGAACCAGCCAAAGACGAACCAGAUGUUUCCUGUGAAUUUCAACUGGAUAGCCAGGAUCACAAAGUGGUUUUUGUGGCUGACAAUGGGAAAUAUUUAAGUCGUGUCCACCGGUCUGGCGCUUACAACAUUGAAGCUUACAAAGAACAAAUUGACGAGGAUUGCCUUUUUGAACCGGUUGACUUUCAGAAGAACAUGAUUCCACAAGAUAUCAUUGCUUUCAAGGCAGACAAUGGGCAUUUCUGGAGUAUUGUUAAUAAUCGAGGUAGAAGCAUCAUUAAAGCAGCAAAAUCUAGCCUUGACAUGCUCUGCCAGUUUUGGGUGCUUCCAGCUUCAAAAGGAAAGAUUUAUAUCAUGACACCUCAGGGCAAGUACGUUAGCCAUGUCCACUACCGUGGUAGUGACUACAUAGAGCCAACCAAAGAGAUGCCAGAUGCUUUCUGUGAGUUCCAGCUGUUUAUCCAGGACGGCAAGAUCGUUCUCAAAGCUCAUAAUGGCAAAUAUGUAAGUCGCAUCCGCCGGGGUGGCAUAAACAACAUCGAAGCUGCAAAAGACCAAAUCGAUGAGUACUGCCUAUUUGAAGUCGUUGAAUUUAAGGUAGCUUCCUUUGGAAUACUGGAACUUUUCAUCAAUAAUGUCACUCCUGUAGCAGUCAGAACAACUUUGGGAUACUUCUGGAGAGUUGUUGAGUAUCAGCCAAUGUUUGUCUUUGACAAUGAGGUAACAAGAGUUGAAGUUUUGGAUUUAAAUAUGGUUCCUUCUGCCAAAUUCUUUAUUGAAAAGGGUCCAUCUGGAAUGAUUCUUUUCAGAACUCCACAGAACAAGUACCUGAGUCGUUCUCACCGUAGUGAUAAUGAAUAUAUAGAAGUUACUAAAGAUGUACCAGAUGUCUUCUGCCAGUUUUUGGUGAUUCAGUCCUGUAAGAUGGUUCUUCAGGCCGACAAUGGCAAAUAUCUGAGCCACAUCUGUCAUCCUCGUGGGGAUACUGUUCAAGCAGCCAAGCAAGAUAUUGAUGAGUUCUGCUACUUUGAUUUGGUUCCAUACAGCAGUUAAUCAUUCAGGAAGAUUUCAGUUUGUCUUCAUAGCUUCUGUCAUUGCAGAGGACUGUUUUGAUGUUUAACCUGAAGCCUCUUUUGUGUUGCAUAGUUCAAAGGUUAACAUGUAAAAUACUUGCAAUGUCAUUUCCUGCAUUUCAAUUUAGGACAGUUUUGUUAAAAAGCUAAUUAAUGCAGGAGGGCCUUUAAUUUUGUUUCUUGUUAAGGAAGCUUGUGCCAUUUUAUGGCACUUGGACUACUCCUGCACACUUCUGCAUUGCCAUUUAUUUUAAGAUGUUUUAACAUCUUGUGUUAAAUCUGUACUGCUGAAACAAAUUCAUGUGAAGUUGUUCAAUCUUGCUGUUCAUUCAUCACUGAUGUGUUCGGAGCCGAUCCUCAGCUCUGACACGGCC